CCGCCCUAUCGAGCCUCCGGCGCUCGACUCCUAGUGUCUGGCGGCGGCAGCAUGGCGGCGGGGGCGGCUGAGGCAGCCAAGGGGACCUCGGUAGUGGCGGAGGUCGGCUCGGCCCAGCAGUUUGAGGAACAACUACGCCUCAAAGACAAGUCGCUCCUCGUGGUCCAUUUCUGGGCACCAUGGGCUCCACAGUGUGUUCAGAUGAAUGAUGUCAUGGCAGAGUUAGCUAAAGAACACCCUCAAGUUUCAUUUGCGAAGCUGGAAGCGGAAGCUGUUCCUGAAGUAUCUGAAAAAUAUGAAAUUAGUUCUGUUCCCACCUUCCUGUUCUUCAAGAAUUCUCAGAAAGUCGACCGGUUAGAUGGUGCAAAUGCCCCAGAGUUGACCAAAAAAGUCCAGCGACACGUGUCUAGUGGAUCCUUUCCUCCUAGUGCUAAUGAGCAUCUUAAAGAAGAUCUCAACCUUCGCCUGAAAAAGCUGACUCAUGCUGCCCCCUGCAUGCUGUUCAUGAAGGGAACACCUCAAGAACCACGUUGUGGUUUCAGCAAGCAGAUGGUGGAAAUCCUUCACAAACACAAUAUUCAGUUCAGCAGUUUUGAUAUCUUCUCAGAUGAGGAAGUUCGGCAGGGGCUCAAAACAUAUUCUAAUUGGCCCACCUAUCCUCAGCUCUAUGUUUCUGGAGAGCUCAUUGGAGGACUUGACAUAAUUAAGGAGCUGGAAGCAUCAGAAGAGCUAGAUACAAUUUGUCCCAAAGCUCCCAAAUUAGAGGAAAGGCUCAAAGUGCUGACCAAUAAAGCUUCUGUGAUGCUCUUUAUGAAAGGAAACAAACAGGAAGCAAAAUGUGGAUUCAGCAAACAAAUUCUGGAAAUACUGAAUAGUACCGGGGUUGAAUAUGAAACUUUUGAUAUACUGGAAGAUGAAGAAGUGCGUCAGGGAUUAAAAACGUUCUCAAAUUGGCCAACCUACCCGCAGCUGUACGUGAAAGGGGAUCUUGUUGGAGGAUUGGAUAUUGUCAAGGAACUGAAAGACAACGGCGAAUUGCUGCCUAUACUGAAAGGAGAAAAUUAGUAAAUGUUAUGCAUGGUGUCCAAGGACUGCAAGAAGUAUUUAAUUACAGUGGAACAGUUGAUGAUUCCUGAAAAGUGGACUAGGAGUAGAAAUGGGACUCACUCAGCUUUGCUCUGUGUGUUUCACAAAGUUGUGCUGAAGAAACAUACGUUACAUUUAACAUGAAACAUAGAAGGCAAUAAACUUCAAAUUCAGCUAAAAAUGA